UCUUGGGAAAUUGCCAAAAAUAGGUUAAAAAAAGAGAUUUAAAUGAAUUUUGGGACAAGUUUUCAAAAGAAAGACUUUUAGGACAAUUUGGGUGUGAAUAGACAAAAAUGCCCUUCCUUUCCUUUCCCUCUUCCACGUUGCUUUCCCUUCUCUGAUUCGUUCUCUUUCGCGUAUAGUUCCGUUUCCCUUCUCUUUUCUUUCGUGUAGAACACUUGAACCUACUCCGGCCAUCGUCAGUUGUUCAUCGUCACUUGCCCAUCGUCGCUUGCCCAUCGUCGUUUGCCCUUCGUCGCUUGCCCUUCGUCGCUUGCCCUUCGUCGGUCGUUGUCCAGUGCAUUUCGUCGCUCCUAUUCGGACCAUUCAAUCAACUUCGAGCGUCUUAUUUAGGUGAGUUUCAUGUAUAACCGAUUUUCAAUUUAUCUGCUGUAAGUAAAUGUUUGUUAGGGUAUUUGGUGCUAUUUUCAUCCGUAAUUGUCUGGUUUUUGGAAUUGGACUUAUUUGCCGUAAAUUAGUUUAGUCAAAUUUUGGUUUUAGGUUCUUAGAAAGUUCAAUGUUCAAUGGCUAGUGAAAAAUGAAUUGAACUAGAGGAUGAGGAUUUAGUUGGAUCAAAUAGAGGAGGAGUAAGCAAUAGGAAUAGAAGGAAUUAAGGUUUUUUUUUUUUAUCUCGCAUUUUUUUUUUAUCUCGCACUUAUCUCGCACGUAUCUCGCACGUUCCAAACUUUCACUAUUUAUUUCAAAAUCAACUUGGUACACCUCCUAAUCCAUUUAGAGCUAUUCUUUGCAUGUUUAGUAACUCUCUUAGGCCCUCAUGCUUUAUCUCGCACGUAUCUCGCACGUAUCUCGCACACAUCUCGCACGUUCCGAACUUUCACUAUUUAUUUCAAAAUCAACUUGGUACACCUCCUAAUCCAUUUAGAGCUAUUCUUUGCAUGUUUAGUAACUCUCUUAGGCCCUCAUGCUUUAUCUCGCACGUAUCUCGCACACAUCUCGCACGUAUCUCGCACACAUCUCGCACACAUCUCGCACGUUCCAAACUUCCACUAUUUAUUUCAAAAUCAAAUUGGUACACCUCCUAAUUCAUUUCUUUACAUCUUGCACGCAUUUUGUAGGUUCUUAAGUUCAAAUCAAUUUUUUAAGAUACAAAAGUACUUAAGGUAGUUUAAGGAUGGCACAUGUUCGGAUUUUAGUGCGUCACGGUGGUGAAUGGGAUGAGGGACGAAGAAAAUAUGAAGGAGGAGUGUUAAAAGGCAUUGUUGUCCCUAAAGAAAUAACACACAAAGAUUUACAGUCUGAACUAUAUGACCUUGCAGAAGUUGACCCUACAAAGUUUGACAUAAAGAUAAGAUGUAUAUAUGAGAUCAAAGGGGAAAAGGAAGCUCCUCCAUUUGAGUUAAGCAAUGACCGUGAUUUGAAGUUUUAUAUUCUUAGUGAAAAUCCAUUGGAGGUCCCCCUAUACCUAUCGUUUGAGCCUACAAGCAAUCGAAGCAUGAAAGUGUUAAACAAAGAUUACAAUUCAGUAUCUGGGAGCAACCAAGUUCAAAAUUUAAACCCUCAUCCUCCUCCAAUUGGAAUGGAUAGAUUAGAUGAGAAUGAAGUUGAUAUUGGUGAAGUCGAGGGUGGCUUGUGUCAUAACAUGAUAGGGACCAAUUCGGCUAUAUGGGAAUCAUAUGAGUCAUAUCAUUCAAUAGAUGAUACUUUUACAUUGGAGUCAGUUGAGAUGUACAAUGAAUUGUUUGACAUCCCAGAACAAAGAGAUGCUCCUACAAAAGAUUGCAAAGGAAAAGGUAAAGUUGACUACAGGUCCUCUAGUCGGAAGUUGAAGACAAAAGGAAGUGGCUGGUCGGAAGAAAGCUCUACAAGUGAAGAGUUGGAUGUAGGACAAAUAUUUUUUUGCAAGAGAGAUUUGUCAAUGAGAUUAAGUGUGUUGGCAAUGAAAAAAAAUUUUCAGUUUGUAGUAAAAAAGUCUACAAAAGAGGUUCUUUUCGUUAGAUGCAUCGACAACAAGUGUGGUUGGAGAUUGCGAGCGGUUAGACUGAAGGAUUCAAAUAUAUUCAAGAUUAAAAAGUAUGUGAAAGUUCAUUCAUGUUCUCUUGAGUUUUUGAAUCGUGACCAUAGGCAAGCAAAAUCUUGGGUUGUUGGAGAAUUAAUCAAGUCCAAAUUCAAGGGGCCCGGUCGCAUAUACAAACCACGUGAUAUCAUAGAAGACAUGAGGCAAGACUAUGGCAUAAAUAUGAGUUAUGAGAAAGCAUGGCGUGCCAGAGAAAAUGCAUAUGAACGAGUGCGAGGGUCUCCUGAAGAGUCAUAUAAUCUUUUGCGUAGAUAUGGUGAAGCACUCAAAUUUACAAAUUCAGGUACAAUAUUUCACAUGGAACUCGAAGAUGAUCGUUUCUUUAAAUAUCUUUUUAUGGCUGUUGGUGCAUGUGUUAGAGGAUUCUUAAAUUGCAUUAGACCGGUCAUAGUCAUGGACGGAACAUUUCUUAAGAACAAAUAUCGGGGUCAGUUGAUAGUGGCCGUUUGUUUAGAUGGUAACAAUCAGAUCUAUCCUCUAGCCUUUGGAGUAGUUGAUAGAGAAACAGAUGACUCAAUACAGUGGUUCUUAGAAAAAUUGAAAGGUGCAAUAGGGGAGGUGCCUAAUCUAGGCUUUGUGACAGAUCGGAAAACAUGCUUCGCCAAGGGUAUUUCAUCAGUUUUCCCAUCUGCAUUCCACGGCCUUUGUGUCCAACAUUUGAGUCAAAAUUUGCAUGAUAAAUAUAAGAAUGACACGGUUGCUACUUUGUUUUAUAAUGCAUCGAGAACAUAUCGUGAAUCAACGUUUGUUGAAGCGUGGAGACAUCUUCUUUCAUUUCCUAAUGGUUCAGGGAAAUAUUUAAAUGAUGUUGGAAUAGCACGAUGGUCUCGUGUUCACUGCCCAGGAAGACGGUAUAACAUGAUGACAACAAAUAUAGCGGAGUCCAUGAAUUCUAUACUGAAAGAACCUAGAGAUUUGCCUAUUGCUUCAUUCCUUGAAAAUGUUCGAGCUUUGCUACAACGUUGGUUUUGGGAGCGUCGAGAAGAAGGCAUUAAAGUGACGUCUACAUUGACCAAAUGGGCAGAGUUAGUUAUUCAAAAGAAACAAGAAGGAGCUUUGACAAUGAAGGUCAACCCAAUUGACUGUUACCAAUUUCAUGUCAAAGAUUUAGAUAAGGAGGAGGUCGUAAACCUUCAGACUAAAGAAUGCACUUGCAAGGAGUUUCAAGCUGAGCAACUACCAUGCUCACAUGCCAUUGCUGCAGCACGGGUUCGUAAUAUAAAUGUUUAUAGUUUAUGUGCUAAUUAUUACACUAAUGAAUGUUUGUUGGCUGCAUAUGCGGAGGCCGUCUACCCAGUUGGGAAUCAGUCAGAUUGGAAGACAAGCGAAGACUACGUACAUAUGACUGUUUUACCUCCAAAAGUAGUCAAAAGAGUUGGUCGACCGAAGAAAAAGAGGAUUCCAAGUGUUGGUGAAGCUCCGAAAUUGCAUAAGUGUGGUCGGUGUAAACAAAUAGGUCACAACAGAUUAACGUGUACCAAUCCAAUUUCAUAUACCGACAAGUCGAGCAUACAAGAUUAGAAAUUUCCCUACCAAUGUACCAAGUAUUACACUAAUUAAUGAAUGUUUGUUAAUGAUGUGUUUUCUUAAUGAUUUGUCCCAACAUUCUUACUUUCUGUGCGUCCAAAUGGAUGAAGAAGACGAAAAUAACGAUUGACUUAUUCAUUUAAGAACACAAACACUGGUUUUAUGAUCGUUUAAAAAUAACUAAAUGUUCGUUUAAAAAUAUGUAAACGAUCGUUUAAAAAUAACUAAACGAUCGGUUAAGAACAACCAAACGAUCGUUUGAAAACAACUAAACGAUAGUUUAAAACAAAACUAAACGAUCGGUGAAACAAAACUAAACGAUUGGUCAAACAAAACUAAACGAUCGUUUAAAACAACCAAUCGAUACCUUGAAAUUAACUAAACGAUCAGUUAAACAAAACUAAACGAUUGGUCGAACAAAACUAAACGAUCGUUUAAAACAACCAAUCGAUCGUUUGAAAUUAACUAAACGAUCGACUAUAAAAAACUAAACGAUCGUUUACAUAAACUAAACGAUCUUUUGAAACAACGAAAGACACCCGCGAAUUGUUUACAACCGCGAUUCAACAUUUCAAAAAAAGUAUGCGAAUUUACAAUAUUGCCCCUUUGGUAAAAACGACCGAUAUAUAUAUACGUUCCGCCUUCUCACUUUUCGUUUUUCGUCACUACGCAAUACACAACCGCACUGAUCACACCUUCGUUUUCUCUCAGUCCAUUGUUCUCUCAGACCAUUUUUGUCUCAGUCCAUAGUUUUCGUCAACGUUAAAAGGUAUUUUCCCGAACUUUUCCUACUAUAACGUUACACUUUUCCUUUGUUUAUAUUUCAAACGUUUCAACUUCUGUCUUCAAAAACUAUCACUGUGUUCUUAUAUUAUUAUUGUGAAGCGUUUAGGGUUUCGGGUUCGACUUCUGUCUUCAAUAUAUUAUAUUCAUUUCAGGAUGGCUGUACCUAGCGAAAAGUAUUUCCCUGCCACUGUGUCAUGCCAAGUGCACAAGAUUGGCAGUCUUAUUAAGGAUAAACUGACCAAGGACCAGCUGCAAAUGUUCGAAAAAACAAUUUUUGGUCCAUUGCUGAAUGUGAACAUGGUAUUCAACGGCCAGUUGAUCCAUCAUUUCUUGCUGAGGCAGAUACCUGAAGACGGUAACGCAGAUGGAAUCUGUUUCUCGGUUUUAGGGAAGAACGUCCGUUUUACCCAAAAGGAAUUCAACAUCAUAACUGGAUUGUGGCCAACAAACAAUCCAUUGGAGAAAGAUUGCGAUAGCAAGCGACUGCAAAGUCUUCUAUUCGGAUCAGAAAAUAAGAAAGUAAUAACAUGCUUGGAAAUUGAGGAAAUUUUCAAGAAUUUUGAGUUUACAAAUGAUGACGAUGCUGUGAAGGUCGCCUUGGCCGUCUUUAUAGAAACUGUGAUGGUCGGGAAGGAUAAGAAAACACAGUUUGACAUGGACAUUUUGGGAAGAGUUGAUGAUGAAGAAGCAUUUAAAAGCUUCGAUUGGUCAACUUUCUUCUACACUCGUCUGCUCAACAGUUUAAAGACAAGUCUCCAAGGCAAAAAAGAAGCAUACGAGCUGAAGAAGACACGAAGUUCCAAAGCAGUGUCAUACUAUAACAUCAAAGGCUACGUCCUUGCUUUUCAGGUGUGGGCUUAUGAAGUACUCUCAACCGCAAAUGAGCACCUGGCCACAAGAAACAGUAAGGGAUUAAUCCCAAGGAUAUUGAGAUGGAAUUGUACACAAGCU